UUUUUUAGGCUUCAGAAGUGCAAUCGCGGUAGUCAUCAAGUGUUGUCGUCGCAAAGGAUCGCUUGAUCCAAGAUGACUACCGCUGCAAGACCCACCUUCGAGCCAGCCCGAGGUGGUGGCGGCCGCAAUGAGAAAGACUUAGGGGCCUUGUCAAAACAGUACUCUAGCAGGGAUCUCCCGGGACACACCAAGCUAAAGUACAGGCAACCCGGUCAGGGCACCAGCGAGGAGCUCAAAGCAAAGGACUUUCGCCGUGAGUUGGAGGAGCGUGAGCGUGCUGCGCUGUAUGAGAGAGAUGGCAAGAAGGUAAUCCGAGAGCCAUCAAAGAGGCCCAGACUGGAGCAGGCACCUGCAUCAAAUCUUGAUGCUGAUGACUCCUUAGAUGAGGACGAAGACAGUGAUGACAGCGAUGAGGACGACACUGCUGAGCUCAUGGCAGAACUGAACAGAAUCAAGAAGGAACGUGCUCAAGAAGAAGCAAAGAGGGAAGCUGAGCGCAAAAUUCAAGAGGAAAGGAUUCGAAUGGAAAACAUCUUGAGCGGAAACCCUCUGCUGAAUUCAAGCAAGGCUGAAUUCAAGGUGAAGCGACGAUGGGAUGACGACGUCGUGUUCAAAAACUGUGCCAAGGGUGACCUCGAGAGCAGCAAGGAGCGCCAUUUCAUCAACGACACUCUGCGUUCAGAGUUCCACAAAAAGUUUAUGGAGAAGUACAUAAAGUAGUUCAAAACAUU